AUGAGUGUAAAACCCUUCUGGGUAUUCUUCAUUGCCAUCUUUUUGUUUCUUCUAAUGGCGAAUUCAGAAGAAGACGAGGUGAUCAAGGCCCUGGUCACAUUUAUGGAAAAACUGUCACCGGGGUAUGUACCAAGAGACCCUACGUGGGGUUGGAACCUUUCAUCAGAUCCCUGCAUUGAUAAGUGGCAUGGUGUGACGUGCUAUUCAGACAACAAAAGCGUUAAGAGUGUGAUUCUAGAGAAGUUUAAUUUUGGUGGAGGGUUAGACGCCGGUUUUCUUUGCAUUGCAAAGUCUCUUCAAAUGCUUAGCGUGAAGGACAACAGUUUACAUGAUUCAAUAUCAGAGGAUAUAGGAAAGUGCAAGUUUUUGACUCACUUGUUUUUAAGUGGGAACCAGUUCUCUGGGGACCUUCCUGUUUCUAUUGGCAAACUAAGUAACUUAAAGCGGCUUCAUAUUUCGGACAACCACUUCACUGGAGAUCUUCCAAACAUGGUUCAUGUUUCAAGUUUGAUAUCCUUCGUUGCUCAAAAUAACAACUUCACUGGGGAGAUUCCUAGUUUUGACUUCUCCAACCUUGAGGCGUUUAAUGUCUCUAACAACAAUUUACAUGGUCCAGUUCCUGAUGUCAGUGGCAAAUUCCAUGCAGACAGCUUUUCUGGGAAUCCUAACUUAUGUGGAAAACCACUUUCAAAUGCAUGUCCACCACCACUACCACCUACUCCUGCACCACCACCUGAAAAGAAGGACCAAAAAUGGUUCCCUAAUGAUUUGUCUAUUUAUUCUGGUUACUUAGUCCUUGGUUUAAUUGUGCUAAUUUUCUUGACCUUUAAACUGUUAUGUAAGUUCAAGACCAAAGAAAAAGGAUUGGAUGUUGGAAAGAAGGAAAGGGCACAAGAAACUGUUGGUAUUGUUGACAAGGGUAGUGAAAUAUCCAAUUCCAAUGGAUCAAAGGAUGGCACUGGGAUUAGAUCCGACUAUUCAUUGACAUCUCUGGAAAGUGGGAUGACAACAUCAGGUCUCGUUCUUCUUUCAAGUCGAACCCUUCGAGGAUUGCAAUUUGAGGACUUGCUUGGCGCUCCUGCUGAAUUGAUUAGGAGGGGAAAGCACGGAAGCCUCUACAAGGUGAUGCUAGAUAAUGGGGUGCUGUUGGCAGUGAAGAGGAUUAAGGAUUGGGGGAUUUCAAAGCAAGAUUUUGCGAGAAGGAUGAAUUUGAUAGUGCAAGUGAAGCAUCCACGCGUAUUGCCACCUGUUGCAUACUAUUGUUCUCAGCAAGAGAAGCUCCUAGCAUAUGAAUAUAUGCAGAAUGGUAGUCUCUUCAUGUUUCUCUACGGAUCUCAAAGUGGCCACUCUUUUGACUGGGGAAGCAGACUAAAUGUUGCUGCUAAGAUAGCUGAGGCUUUGGCAUAUAUGCAUGAGGUGUUUCUUGAGAAUGGAAUAGCACAUGGUAACUUAAAGUCAAAUAACAUUUUGUUUGACAAGAAUAUGGAUCCAUGCAUAAGCGAAUAUGGCCUAAUGUUGGCACAAAAUCAAGAUCAAUUUGUCCUUUCGCACAACAGAGGCAUCAAAAGCGAAGAUCUAAUUGCAGCCACCUUCAAAGCUGAUGUAUAUGCCUUUGGUAUGAUACUUCUCGAGCUGCUGACAGGGAAAGUAAUUAAAAAUGAUGGAUUUGAUCUAGUUAAAUGGGUGAAUUCAGUGGUCAGAGAGGAAUGGACCAUAGAAGUUUUUGACAAGUCCCUAAUCUCACAAGGUGCCUCUGAAGAGAGGAUGAUGAAUUUGUUGCAGGUAGCAUUAAAAUGCUUAAAUCCUUCUCCAUAUGAUAGGCCAAUUAUGAGCCAAGUUGUUGCGAUGACAAAUGCUUUGGUAGAGGAGGAAGAAAAAUCCUUAUCACCUGACACAUGA